CCAUACAACUGUUUUAUCUCCUUGGUUACCAACAACACCAGCAAGUGUGAAGCACUGCUAAAUAUGUGACUGCUGCUCUGCAGAAGCUGAGAGCCUACAGCGGUGACUAUGCUGUUUCAUCCCGGGACAAAUACACUGAACACACACUACGAUCAACGGGAUGGACAUAAAGAGGAAGUCCAGCUUUUCCUGUGAGUGGGUUUCAAGCCCAAUCAAAAUGCUUUGAAAAAGUAAAUAUAUGAAAUGGCAAUUUGACCUUCAAAGCUUUCUCUUGUUUAGACCUACAAUGACUCAAAUCACUGACUUUUGUUUGACAUUAGAUGCUGCUGCUCCACUGAAACACAAUCUGUUGUGUAUCCUGGGUGACCAUGUAAGACAGAUGAUGUAGUGGACAGAAAAUGAAUCUGUUUUCAUCAAAUAAUGUUUCAUUCUCACUCAGAUCUUCCAAUAUUGACUUAUUUCCUUUAUAUGUAUUUUUCUCUGAACAAGAGAAAUAUCCUCCACUGUGUGUCAGUGACCCACCCACCUAUUGUACCGUAGCUACAGGAGUUCUGACGUACAAUCGCGAGUCUGACAACCACAAGAUGAAUCUAACAACCAUUCUCCCAGUGGUACCAAGAUCAAAUGUUUACCUAUGGUUUAAAAUUUCCAUCUACAACUGCAUUAUGUUACUGAUUAGUCUAAUGUUGUCCAGUCCCAGCCUCCAGUUGAAUUCCCAGGCAAAUGUGAGCACUGUGGGGAACAGGCCACACCUUCACUGGAUACAACAUGGCUACAGGAGCUUGAGAAGACUCCAACCUUCUGUUGUUCCCAGCGGCAGCAGCUGUGUGAGACGAUGCUAAAAUUCAAUUCACUUUGGAAUAUGUCAUCAUCAGCCCUCAUUUUCCAGCUCUCUUGUGCUCCAGCAAAAGGAUUCUGGACAGUACAUUCAAGUAGUACGACUGAAAACAGCUUGAAAAUAAAGAAGGAAGAGGAGCAGGCGUCGUUCCCCUUUUGCGAUCACAAGCCAAUUCACUUUGGAAUAUGUCAUCAUCAGACUGUUAUCGACUGAAGAAAACAGAGAAGCGGCACGAAGCUGAUGCAGCCACAACGACAGGUGUUCUGGAGGGGACAAUUGUGUUUGGGAAAGCUUUUCAGAUAGGGUCAGGCCUUGAGUCACACAUCAGUGAUGGGACCAGGAGGACGUCUUCAAAUGGCUCUGUGGAGGAUGAAACUUCUUAUCAAGCAGACUCUGUCGGCUGGGAAAAAGGGUAUAUGCAUGAUAUUAGUUCUGGAGAAGCAGAAUGGAAGCACUUGUCACCUACCCUGCAGUGUCUGAAGGAUCAGAUGAAGUUUAGAGUUGUUGGUCCAGCAGUUUCACACCUUUUGUUGGAACGAGGAUAUAGGUCACCACUACCACUGUCCCACAUCCCUCCGAGCUGUGGCUACAAAGUGCAGAAGAACUCCAUGGCACUUCAUAUGUUGGUCCCUUAUAAUGGCUGCAACGUGUAUCAAAAGGGUGGAAGUUAUGUGGUGCCACUGAGCUUCAAAGGAUAUCCAAUCUCCCUCGUGUGUCCCAAACCUGCUCAUACAACUCCUGGCCCACAUUACACUGUACCUGCUCACCUUGCAAAACACCCCAACCUCAAAUUCCCCCCCUUCUAUUUGUUUCCAUAUCCAAAGUAUCCAGUUCUGCCAGACCAUGCACACAAGCCAGAAUUGCCCAAAUACCCACUAUACCACCAUUUGCUUCCCCAUCAUUACUACCUGCCUGACCCUCCAAAAACUACUUUGCCAAGCACUGAAAGUGAGCAUCACUUUGCUCAUUCCCAUUUGUUUGCUUUACCCCUCUAUCAACAUGUCCCUCCACAUUAUCUCUGGCAUUACCAUGAGUCUGACCAUACUGACACAACCAAACCACAGGUGCCCUAUCAUCAUGUGCUGCCUUAUGUUUCUCCCUUUCACCAUCCACAGUAUCCAAAACAUCCUGUGCCAUAUGUGACCGCACCAACGACCACCACGGUGACUCCUCAUAGCCAUCCACACUAUCCUCCUCAUAGCCAUCCACACUAUCUUCUACACCAUCUUCCACACUAUCCUCCUCACAGCCAUCCACACUUUCCUCCACAUGGUCACAAACACCCUUCACAUGGUGACCACAUUCAAUUGGAGCAAAUCCCCCUUCCUUAAUGCUCGUCUGAUGAAAUGGUUUAAAGAAGAUAAGUGACCAUGUCAGGUGAAGUUCUUCAAGUUUGGCUGUUAAAAACAGAUGUUGGCACUUUUGACUUUACAAAGCAAUGAAGGUGACUGUAGCAGAGGUAAAUUAUCUACAUGAGGCAAUAUUCUGUUCUCAAACUAAAAUAAAGUAUAAUUUUAAAGUGA